UAAACGUCAAAUUGUUUUAGAAAAUUCGCGUUUUCGACUUUUUUUGGUAUUCCCAAUCUAAUUUACUAAAUGAGUACAUCCAUUUAGUAGUAAAAUUUCAAUAUCGCUAUUAGGUAUAAUAUAAUGUUCGUAGGCGGACUGCUAUUUAUGACCAUUCGAAAUUGAAGUAAAUAUUUUCACUUUGUGUCUCGAUUGAUUUUCAUUUUAUUUUUUAUACAGUGGCUUAUUGAUAAUAAUAGCUGUUUUUAAUCACUUUACGUGUGACGUGGCUGUUUAUGUUAAAUUUGGACGUAUCAUAAUGUGAAAUGUGCAUAAAAUAAUUUGUUAAAGUGAUGGAUGAAAGAAUAAAGCACUCCCCUUGUAAGGAAUGUAGUGACGGUGCUGAGGCACAGUUGCACAAGGAGGUGGAACACCUGCGGCAGCACCUGGCUGAACGUGACGUGCACUUUGUGGCUUUAGAGGCUGAGUUCUUUAAGAGUACCUCACGAGCCAAUGAUUUAGAGGAACAAGUUGGUACAUGGAGGGAAAAGUAUGAAAGAUUAUAUGAUUCACAUAAAAGGGUGCAAAAAUUAAAUCAGGUUCUUGAGGAGAAGUUGCUUCAAAUGGUGGAUAAGAUGAAAAGUGAAAAGAGCCAAUUGACCAAAGAUAUUGCCACUCUAUCUGUGAGAUUAGCAGAGUCAAAGCAUAACUACACUAUGCUACAAAAAGAGAAUGAGAGAUAUAAAAAUGAUAUGAACUUAGCGAUCCAAUUACUUCAAUGCAAACCUGACAAUUUUGUAUCUCAGAAAUUAGAUAGUCUUCCUGUUGAUACCCAAGCCAGAGUAUCUCAAUAUGUAAUGUCCAAAACAGCAAAGCCUGGUGGUUCUACACAAUCGAAAAAUGGAAAUGAAAUUGACACCUUUGAUGCAAGUGAGUAUGAAUUCAAUAUUUCUGCAUCACUAAUGUCAAAAAUUCUUGAAGACAGUAUCCAGGAUUCUGUGACCAAGCAUUGUGACACAUGCUCUUGUUCCAAAACGCAAAACAAACCAUUUUGUUAUAAUGAAGGAUAUUAUACAGUAUCAACACAGACAGUGUUGAGUGGAGAAAUAAAGAACAAUAUAUGCUUGAACUGCAAUGCUGAAAUUAAGUCUAUUUAUUCAGGUUUAAGUGUACGAAGCCAUUCCCCACCUGGAAUAAGACUUGUUAAUGACAGAAUGACCCACAGUCCUUUAUAUGUAAUGCCACAAAAUAGUGUUGAUGAGCAAAAUGAGACUCGAGAGAUUGUAAUUGAAAAUAACAAACCUAAUAAUGUUAUCAAUGAUAUGAUUAAAAGUGAAGACAAAUUGAAAUUAGAUAUUCAAAGAGAAAUUAUGCAUAAAGUGGAAGAAAACUACAAGGUGAACAAAAACAGCGUUAACAUGGAACCAUCUGUUCACCACAAACUGUGCGAUCGCACAAAAACUUCGAUGUCUAGUAAAAAAAGCAGUAGUAGUGUAGAUCUUGAAGAAAAGCUCAUUCGAGAUGUACUGAAUGGUACAGAAGUUCAGCUAAAACCGCGGAAUUUACCCGUUGAUAUGGUAGCAGUUAGGAAAAAUUCACGUAGUUCAAUUGGCGCUGCGAGUCGCACCUCCUCUAUAGCGAAGUCAACUGUGAGCACACACAAAUCUAACACUCAAGUAGGUCCAGGCCCAAGAUUUUGCCACUUACGUAUGCAAGCGGGUUCUAAAAAUAUUUUACUAGAUAACGCAGAGCCGGAUGUUCCACCCGUUUUAUAUCGACGUCAGAGCAAAUGUAACACAAACUCAAUUUUUAAAGACAUUAAUGAUGAUUUAGAGAAUUUGAUUGAUUUAGAUAAAAACAAUGACGACGCUUACAGCGAUAUUCCUGCGACUGAAAACGUUGUUGUCGAAAGUACUCUGAUAGAUGUUCAUGUUGAUAGUAGUAUCAAAGAGCCUAGCAUGACUGUGAAAAAUAGUACGAUAAAUCCAGUACUCUUGAAUGUAUCAUCAUCACCACUGCAACCAUUAAAGACUCACAACUUUUCUAAUAAUUCUGAGUAUAACAAUAAUUCUCAGAUCGGAAGCCAGCACAACGCUUCCGAAAUUGAUAAUUUAUUGAAUGAUUUUAAUGGAGAUUCAAGUAAUGCACAGAAUAAACAUGAUAAUAAUAUCGACAUUGCCAAUAAAAUGGAUGCUGCAUCGUCCACCGAAAAUCAGGAAAUAAAAAUCUUUAAUUUCGAUCGCUAUGAACAAGGCAAAUUAGCUGGUCAGUACAACAGGCCGAUUAAAAAAAUUGACGUGUCACAGCUCCAUUCUAUUGAAAGUACCAAAAUAUCAAAAGAUUUUUCUCCCGUUGGAGAAGUCGAAGACAAAAAAGAAGAAACAAUUAAACCGACCUUACCAAACAUAGUCAACGUUUAUCCUAAUCUAACUCAAACUCAUUUGAAAGCUAAUGAAAGCAAAAAAGUAUUUACAAAUGAGCAAAGUACCAGUUCACUUUCAAGUGAUGAUAGCGCGGCUCUUUUACAAAAACAGCAAUUGCUUAGAGUUGCGGAGUGGGUUGAAAAAAACUUGGAGCAGCAAAACAUUUUAAGUGAUCCAUUAGAAGAUGAGUGCUCUUUUACAACACGUGCUAUGAGGAGAGAUAGUAAAAUAAACAGACUAACCGAGACACUGCACGAACUUGCGCUGAAUAUGCCACAUCCUGUUAGCAAGUAUUCGAAGAUGUAUACCAGGGAGCCUCGUAAUAAUUGGCUGCAUAACAUUGUGACAAAUCAGAAUAAGAGCCAAGAUAAAGCAAUAAAGCAGAGUGACUCUAACCCAAAAAUCCUAAAUAAUAUCGUUAAGGAGACUAUAUUUCCGGUUGAAUGCGGCGAUGAAACAGUGACGGAAAUCAAUGAUAACUCCAAUGUUUAUGGCUGCGGUAACAUCACAAAUAUUGACGUUGGCAAGGAAUUGCGCGAUGCUUUGAAAAAUAAAGGCGAAAAAGAGAUUUCGCCUGAGGAUUUGGCAAAAAUGGAAUACAAUGUGAAGAAAUUUUUAUUAAGCGGGCCCUGUUGGGUGAACUCUGGUUCGGGUGGUAGAAGUCGGCGCACAAGCAGCAAAACUGAGACUGAUGUUUAAUUCCAUUGUAGUUAAUGAUGACGAUGACAUUCCUUAUUAGUACGUUUAUGUAUAUUCGAUGGUUUGUAGCGGCUACGUGUUUUUUUAUUUACAUGUAAGUGUAAGGAACUAGUGCUUUUAUGUUAUGUGUAAGUUAUUUAAAAAAUUGGAUCUGUGUAUCAAAAUUUACAGCCGCAUUAUACGAGACCAUUUCUAUCAAAAAAAAAUCAAAAACGUUUAAUUUUCCAAAAUGUAUCCGUUCUCAUAUUCAUAUUCUUAUAAAUUGCGGAGUUUUUAAAAAAUCUAUAAACGUCUAUAAUUCGUUUCCAAUAUCUAAAUAGUUAUGCAAUAAAACACUCAUAUGAGCUUAAAAUAUUAGAUUUAAUUAUUAUCAUAGAUUAUUAUGGGUAAAAUUUGUUUUUGAAUAAAAAUAUCAUUGCAGUUAUUAAAAAAAAUUGGCACAAUUGAAAAAAUAAAUUACUUAAUACUUCCGUUUAGUAUUAAUAUGAAACAGACAUAAGUAGUAAAAUUAAUAUAAAUUAUGCAACCGUAAAUGGAGGCUGAAGCACCAGAUUAUCUAUUUAGUAACCACAACACGUUCCAAUAUUGUAAGAACUAAAAACCUCAGUCUUAAAUAUGAUAAUGGAGUUGCAUGUCUAGUUUCACCUCUGUUGUGGACAACAACAGAUCAACACCUGAUAUUUCCUUAUUGACUGUUGAUGUUAUAUGUGUUAAGGCUUAGAUACCUGCAAGAUGCAUAAUAUUGUCGUUAGUUUUACUCUGGUAAUAAUCUCAAACCAAACAGAAUUUUACAUUAGUUAUCGUUCCUACUUACUAUUUAUUCAUCGCUUGCCUUAUGAACCAAAGUUUUACAGGGCUGUAAAAGAUUUCAUGAAUUUCUGCAAAAAAAAACCGUUAUUUUCUAAAGCUACAUAAAAAUAAUGUAUUUACCUAUUUAUCUUGACGUAAACUUUUCUGCUAAGUCUAUGUGUAAUAAAACUAUUUGUGUAUUAUUCAUGAUAAGGCUGUCAUUCAAAAUGAAAGCGUAAUAUAAUAGUUUCACACAAUUAAGUAUUAGAUUGGACAAAUACGCAUAGAAGUUUCUAUAUAUGUGAUAAAUAUAAAAUUAUCAAUAAACUCACGUAUGUACAAAUUUAUCUAGCACUCAUAGAAUGUACUUGAUGUUAAGGAUAUCCAUCAGCAUUCAGUAUUUUUAUGGAAAUUUCGUAGGAUCUGGCUUCCAGGAAUGUAUAACAUUAUUUUAAUUGCCUAAUAUUUUCAAAGCUCAAUUUUGUAAUUGGACCUAUUAUUUUUUUUGUAAUUGGACCUAUUAUUUGCAAUUGUAGCUGCUAUAAAUUUAAUAUACAGUACCUAUUGUCCCUGCGAAAGAAUGUAUUGUAGGUAGUCUCGGUUUAACUAUAUUAUUUUUCUUAGGAUGGGGGACAAUAUAGGCAACCUGGACAAUUGCUUUGCCCAUUACAGCUUUUGCAAUUAAGGAUUUAACAAUAAUCUUGUUAAACACGGGCAGCAGCUAUUCCGAGUCUGGCGGAAAUAACGAUUUUGGAACGCGUUUUUGGAAUUCUUUGUUUGGCAGAUUUUUUAUGUGAUACAUAGAAAAUCUGCCGAACAAAGAAUUCCAAACAUCAAUUUUUUUCCUUAGAUAAAGACUAGGUCAAACAAGCUUAAUUUAUUAAAUAUGAAUUUGGCGCUCCAUAGUAAUGUCUCGUAGCUAUGCUCUCGUUCGCUUCGCACGAUUCGGGGCUUGGAGCCAAUGCAUAAGAGAAUCGAUUGUCGUCAUAAAAAAUUUUGUUCGCAAAAUUCCUGGAUCCCAGAAAUAGAUUGAGCGCCGACUACAUUAGGACACCAUUAUCGAAAUAGGUACAUUUCAAACAAACAACAUAAAAAAAUAUUGUAAGUGUUGAUGUUGAAAGAGAGCAACUGCUGAAUUUAUUUCUAGCUUGUCGGUAGAGUCUGCUGAACUGGUGGUAGUCACUCCAGAUAUAUAAAGUGGCUUGCUUAUAAUUGGCAGGCUUAUAAAGUGGCCCAGCUUGAAAUAAUGAAUAUUACAAAUGAAUUUAAAAACAUAGUUAAUAUUAUAUUAAAGCAAUAAACAAUGUGAAAUCUAGCUUGAACCAGAUCCUACAAAAUUAUUUUCGUGUACAAAAGCGGCUUAACAAUACAAGUAACCUCUUCCUUGAUGAUAUUUUCAUCAAUGAUACAAUGAUUCCGUCGAUUAUUAAACAAAAAUUUUGAAAAGUAGCUAAAAAAGUAGAUAGUCACGAAAUACGCUAUGCUUUCGCUUUCACUACAUUAAAAGAAACAUCUAAAUUGCGCGCCUCGGAAGUUGAAUUAAAAUGGCGCCGUUUGAGCAAAUUAAAGACGGGUUGUACUAAGUGCUUGCUUGCUCUGUAUUUUUUCGCAUAAGCAUUGCAUCCGCUCCGAAUCAGUUAAAAUACGGAUCGAGAAACGCGACGGUAUGCGUUUCACUUCAGCACGGCUAGCAAGGGUAGAGGACAAUUAUCUCCCCGGGGAAGGAUACAAAUUAAACUUCUCCCACAGCUUUAUCAACUCUCAGAACACUGGCGCAGAAGUGGUAAUAAUAUCCAAAUAAUAUAUGUGUAAAGGAGGCUAAAUUUAUCCUAUUUCAUGUUCCCGUGCUUUAGCAGAUGGACACGUUAAUCGUAUCCCCUAUCAGGGGAUAUAAUCGGGGGAUGUCAUUUUUGUGUCCUGCCUGUUCUAUCCCUGCAGAUCGAAUCUACUGCUCAACAACUGAUAUGAAAUUCUGGUACGGCUUCGGAUCGUAUUUUCUUGGCGUAUCGGACGUAAACCAUUGGAGUAAUAUGGAGGGGACAUGAUGACGUAAAAAAUUGUAGGCGUAGGUUCGACUUUCGUGGCGCGUCACAAAAUAUUUUAAUAGGAUAGUGUUUAAUAGGUGUGUCUGUGUAACUGUCUUAUACAUACAAUUGAAUGGACGUAUAUUUUUCAAAUAGUUAGGCUAAUGAAAUUGUAAAACUCGCACCAAACUUAAUGGCCGCUCAGAACGUCGUUUUUCUACACCAUAAACCGCUUAAUUGUGUCACUGUUAAAGUAUAGGAAAAUUAACCUUGAUUUUAUGCUUUUGAUCGCUUGGUCUAAUGUCUUUGUAGGUACAGUGGCGUGUACAUGGUUUCGACUAGGGUAGCUUUAAAAUUAUAUUCCAUUAUAUUACUUAGCAGUCCCCUGCUGCUCUAAAGACCUCUCCCAACGGGAGGGACCCAUAUUCACCAGGGCAGCCGGGUUUGUAACCGCAAUAGAUGGUGGUACGCCUAUGCCCGGGUCCGCUGUAUUCUCUUAGUGGUCUAGUACUACAACCGUGGAAGGGUUGGUGACAACUAUUGAUCGGUCGUCACCACACGGCACUUUAUACUCCAACAAGAUUUGUUUAGGCUACGUUGAGUUCACACUCUUGCACGCCAUUCGUCGACAUUUAUACAGCAAGAGCGAUGUCAUCGAGCCCUGGGUCGCAUGGCGAGCUUUCGAGCUCGCCCCACUCCCUCGGCGAUCCAUCCGAAAAAGAAAACCAACAACUUUUGGCUGUACUUUUGUAAAAUGAAAAUUAUAGGUCUAUCCUUUUGUUUUCGCUACUCGAAUGUGAGUGCGCCAAUCUUAUAUUUAGGGUGCUUUUCAUACAUAUCAAGAAAAUUGAUAUCAGUAUUUGGAGUUUUGUUUAAGAGUUUAAAUUUGCGCAGACUUCGGGAGGAGUCAAAAACAUUAGGAACUGAAUAUGCACUAACAUUCCUUAUACUAACAAGGGUGAACGAGUUCAUAAAGUGCACUUAAUUUGAAGUUAACAAUCGUCACCGGCCAAAAUCGUCAAUCAGCGUAGCUCUGUAGUUUCAUACGGUCAAAACCUCUGUGUACCUGAUUUGACUACCAUCAAUAGUCUCUCGCAAUCGAUUGCUGUGCUAAAGACCUCUCUCAUCAGGAGGAUUUAACCGACAAAAAUAUGUUAUUUUUAUUUUUAUGACCCAUAAUCACCAUGCUGGACCGGUCGUUUGGUGAUCGCUGUAGAUGGCAGUAGUUAGAAGAACAAAGUAGUAAGUUGCUACCCGAUCUGAUUUGAUAAUUCCAUACGAAUUUGACAAAUUGAAGUAACGCGUUACGUUGUUUUGACAAAGUUGUAUGUCCCAUACAUACAAAUUUAUCUGAAUACAGUAAUCACUCUUACGCCUUAUUCAAGUAAUCAAUCUAAUCCAAAAAUAUCAAUCAGAUGGCAGAUAAAUUAAUUAAAUUAAUUGUGACAGAAAUCAUAGCUUAGUACUAUGUAUGGUUGAAUCACUGGUACCUAAACUGAGUAAAAACUCGUACUAUAGAUAUCAGUGCACUCCCCUAUAUAAUUAUUGAUUAAGUUGAUUAUUAAUCUUGGGCGUUAGUGGCACGGUCUGUUCUAAGAGAUUUUCUCAAGAAACACCGACGUUUGGAUAUAUCUUGCAUUGAAUUCUGACUAGCCAUAAAGUUUGGUGUGACAUACCUAUAGUUUGUAUUCGUUUGGUAAUAAUUGUCACCCGUGUGUGUGUUACGCCUAAAUCAAGCACAAUUUUAUUUAUUAUAGCUAGGUUGAAACUAAAGGUGUGUCGUGUCGCAACGCUCUAAAAAAACAUAUUUAUUUAUCUGCGAGCUAAAUUGAAAUCACACAGAGCUGUUUACUAGAAAAUUAUAAAUAUACUCUUUUCUGGUUACUCUAAAUUUUCUAAAACUAGAUUAAAACUAAACGUCUGGAUUUUGUUUUAUUUAAAUUGUUUGAAAUAUUAAGCUUUGCUUCUGGCACUUUUUUAAGUUGCGUUGUGAUGCGACACGAAUCAAUGUGCGGGAGCCUUAAUGGUUUUGUAUGUGGUGCAUUUAUGUAUUUGUGAGUUACCUACUUUUUAAUUAUAUAAACUGAUUAAGUAGCAUUAUGUAUAGGUACUCGUAUAAACAUUAUUUUUGUAUAACUUUUGAUUUUCACACUUUAACGAGGAUUCAGCCUGAAAAGCCGAACUUCAAACCAUUUUCAACGUUUUCUACUAGAUUAUAGGUAGGUACGUCGACAACACCGGGAUGCUUACCGAGUAUAUUUAAUGUAUCUGAAAAUAGUGAUUGGUAAUUCAAGAAUAAUAAUUUAACGAUUUUUUAUUUACUUACGAGCGUUUUUUUUUACAAAAUAAUUCUUUACCUACUUAAUAAAAAAAAAACUGUCACUAGGGAUAUGGUUACGGUAAAUUAUUAAACUGCACGUAUUUAAGUACUGUGCAACAGUAUAUUGUCCGAUCGCUUUCCCAAACCUUAUCCACAAUCGGUCGAUGUCAUGAUGAUGAUGAUGAUGAUGAUGAAGAUGACUUAUUUGAUUAUAAUUUUCCUCAUUCUCUUAAACUAAAAUAGUGAACCUGACCUCAGUAAACCUUGAUAAAAAAUAAAUUUGGAUAAAGAUUCACAAUAGGUGCACUAAAAGCACUAACCUCUAUUAUACUACAAAGGUCAGGCUAAUAGCAUUAAAAAAAAAUUAGAAUCUAGGUGCGUCGUAGAAAUAUUAAUUUGCUGUAUGUCUAGCCAUCAAACACUUUGGCAGCAUCUACAUUUUGAUACAAGCCAAACGACAUUUUUUUGGCAAUGUAACAAAACUUAAAAAACAAAAGAAAACGUUAAAGAUUAGUAUAACAUUUAGCAUUUGACUCGCAUUUGAGUUUCUGAUCCAUAUAAUUUAAAUUUUGAUACCUGCGAUAGAUUUGGGAUUUAGGCUGAAUCUUCAAAUAGGUACAGGAAUUAGUCGAAAAAUGUAUAAAUUACGAGUGAGACUGUAUUACAGUGAUUGGCUGUUUAUAGUUUGUAUUUUUUGUUGAUUUUUAUUUUUUAUUGGCCACUAAUUUAUUGUACCCUAGUAUUAAGUUUAUAGAUCUGCUUUUUGGAAAAUCACACAAGAAUGCUAAGGCUGGUCCCUUGUAAAGCUUCAGCAGCGUAAACUGUAAACGUGUUUAUUUAUUAAAUACUUGGCAAAAUA